CCAUUCCAAUUAAACUCAACUCCCAACCCUAAUUUUUUCCCCAAAUUACCACAUUCAAUAAACCCCGGCAAAAUCCAUUGGCUUCUCUCUCUCGUCAUUUCCAUGGAUCCCCUCUCUGCUCUGCGCGACUUCGCAGCCCGCGGCGAGCUGGAGAAGAUCACCCGUUCCGGCGAGGAGUUCCGGUUCGGCGGUGACUACUCCUUCCCCUGCUCCGCCGAGACCGCCUACCGAUCCAAGCAAGGAAAUCUCUACACCCUCGAAACUCUCCUCUACUACCUCCGCCAUCACCAUCUCAAGCACACUGAGUACCUCCAAUCCGCUCGCCUCAGCCGCGUCCCUGCCGUCACCCUCCCUGAUCGCAAGCCCCUCCUCGACUACCUCCUUGGCCGCGUCUCCUCCUCCGAUGCCGUUGAGCUCCUCCCUCCUCACCCUGACGACCUCCCCCUUGCUCCCUCUCGCCCUGCUGAUAUCCCUUUUGCUCCUCCUUCUCACGAUCCCAGCUUCGUUUCCACUAUUCGUUCCCUGGAACGCCCCCUCAAGGACCGCGAGGCCCUCCUCGAGUGCCGCAACCGCGACUUCUUCUCCGUCCUCACUGCCUCCACCCGCCGCCAGGAGGAGCGCCAGCGGCUCGAUUCGCAGCAGCGCAAGGACGGCCUCGUCGCGAAAUCUCGCAUCUUGGGCUCUGACACUGGUUAUGCUGACGAUGCCGGUGGCUACGACGCCACGCCGCGGCCUAAGAUGUUGCAUCUCAAGGGAAGUAAGGUUGGGGAGGGCGUUCCGAUCAUUCUGGUGCCUAGCGCCUCCCAAACUUUGAUUACGAUCUAUAAUGUGAAGGAGUUUCUUGAAGAUGGGGUGUUUGUGCCGUCUGAUGUGAAGGUGAAGCAGUCGGCCGGAGAGAAGAAGCCAGAGUUUGUGACUGUGAGGAAGAAGUUCAGUAGGGAUCAGGUGGUAGCGGCUUAUGAAGUUAGGGACAAGCCUUCAGUGCUUAAGCCGGAGGAUUGGGACCGGGUGGUUGCUGUGUUUGUUCUGGGGAAGGAGUGGCAGUUCAAGGACUGGCCUUUCAAGGAUCAUGUGGAGAUUUUCAACAAGAUCAUUGGUUUUUAUGUGCGCUUUGAGGAUGACAGUAUAGAAUCUGCAAAGAUGGUGAAACAAUGGAAUGUGAAGAUCAUCUCGAUUAGCAAGAACAAGAGGCACCAAGACAGAGCUGCAGCGCUUGAGGUUUGGAACCGGCUAGAAGAAUUUAUGCGGUCACGCUCACAUACAUGAAGUUUUUUGUCCAUAACAAUGUUAGAAAAUUAUCAGUACUACUGGUAGCAACAAAGUACAAACGAUCCAGUUCAAACAUGAGAGCUCAGAAGCUAGUGAUUGAUGGAGACAUAAGAUGCGAAGAUGAUGACAAGGGACAGCAUGGAAUUGCAAGAUUUGG